AUUCAACAUAUAAAGAUCUGGAAGAAGAGAUGGAAAAAGGACAGGCCGGAGGAAUAGUAGUUGGCAAAGAAAAAUUCUGGACGAUAACAUACGCAGAUGACAUCGUUUUGUUGGCAGAGAGAGAAGCGGAUCUGAAAGAGAUGAUGGAGAGGUUCAGGAGAUACCUAGAGAAAAAAGAAUUGAGCCUUAGUCCGGAUAAAUCAAAAGUGAUGGUAUUCGAAAGUGGAAGAGGAAGAAAAAAGAGAAGAGAAUGGAAAUGGAGAGAGGAAAAUGUGGAAGAGGUCAAAGAGAUAAGAUACCUAGGAUAUAUGCUACAGAAAAACGGAGGUGCGGAGAAACAUAUAAGAGAGAGACUGAGAAAAGCAACAAUAGCGAUGAAGAGGACUUGGAGCAUAGGGGAGAGAAUAUUCAAAGAAGACCAUAGAAGAAGAAUGAAAAUGUUUGAAGCACUUGUUGGAAGCGUAGCGUUAUAUGGAGCGGAAGUUUGGGGCUGGAAAAACGAAAAAACGUUAGACGGAGUAAAGAGGAAGUACGCGAAAUGGAUUCUAAACUUGGACAGAGGAACACCGAAUUACAUAUUAUUGGAGGAGACAAAGAUGGAAGAGAUUAGAAUACAGGCGAUCAAAAGAGCACUAAAAUACGAGGAAAAGACGAGAAAAUCAAAGAAGAAAAUAAUAAAAGAAUGCAUAAAAGAUUUAGAAAAGUGGCGACCAGGUGCAGAAGAAGGAAGAUGGGAAAGAAAGAGAAGAGAGGUGUUGGAGGAGGCAGGAGUAAACAAGGAACAGCUUAGAAAGGAAAGAGAAGCAGGAAACGAGGAGAUGGCAGAGAACAUCUUGAAGGAACUAAAAAUUAAAGAGAGCAGAGAGAGACAACAGAAGAUAAACGAAUUCAAGUACAACACCAACUACAAGAUGAUUGCACAGGAAAAGAAACCAAAAUACUUGGAGGGGAGGAUGAAGAAAAAGGACAGAUGCUUGAUAGCCAGAUACAGAUGCGGGAAUGAAACGAAAGGGAGCCAGUAUUGGAGAGAAGAGGAGGAAAGGAGAUGCAGAGUAUGCAAGAAAGCAGAAGAAAGUUUGUACCAUAUAAUGAAAGAUUGCGAAGCAACAAGAAGCGAAAUGUCGAUAGAAGAACUCACUGGAGAAGAAGGAAAGGGCCUACAAGUAAUGAAAAAGAUAGAAGAGCUGAGGAAGGAGAUAAACAGGAGGGAGAAGGAAGAAGCAGAAGAGAAUAAGAAGGAAGAAGUUCAAACAAACCAAAGAUCUAAUUGUAACGCUAAUGUUAAUGUUAAUGUUGAGGGUGAUAUUGAUUUGUUAGCUGUUGAUGAUGUUAACUGUAAUUUUAAACUAUUGAAUUUUAAACUAUUGAAUUCUAAACUUUGAAGUUUAAGUUGAAUUUGUAAUGUAAUAUAAACAAAAGUAUAUGUAACCAGAAGCCAUCCUAAGCCGCAAGGCAAACGGAUUAAGAAUAAUAAAUAAAUAAUAAAUAAUAAUUAAAGCCCGUUUCUGCCCAUGGCCAGACCAGCAAAAACAGC